GGACGUCGUGGGAGCCGCACGUCUCUCUCCCUGUACAAGUGAAUACGCCUGCGACUAUCCAAACUACGAGUGCAGUUGAACCUGUCCAGCAUCAUGGCUACUCUGCAGUUCACUCUGCUAGCUCUGCUGCUGCUGCAGAGCUCAUACGCCUGUAGGUAUUUCUGCAAGAACAUAGCAACCAACACCUACCACUGCUGUGACAACCAACAUAUCACCACUGCGGCUACCACGACUGGUGGUUACGGUGGUCCUAACCCUGGCGAUGAUGGUCCUAACCCUGGUGAUGAUGGUGCUAACUCUGGUGAUGAUGGUGCUAACCCUGGUGAUGAUGGUGAUGGCUCUGGUGAUGAUGGUGCUGUAAAGGUGUUGGUGACCGAACAUGGAACGCAAGACGGGGCGAAGUACAACGUGUCAAGCAGCUGCCGCUACUACUGCGCCUACGGCGGCAGCGUCUACUGCUGCGACGACGGCAGCCUGACCAUGCCCGGCGACCACGACCCUCACGGGGGGCGCUGCCCCAGCGAGCUCGAGCAGCUGUGCAAGGGCGACAACAUCUACCUCAGCCUUAAGGCCAGGAAGGCGGGCCGCACGCUGUCGGGCGGCGAGGAGCUCAGCAAGCUGGGGGACGGCGCUGUGAUGUGUGCCUCUGACGGCUACUGCGCCGAGGAUGAGAAAUGCUGCACCUCCAUGUGCCAUAAGCGACAUGUGUGCCUUAAAACCCUGCACAGUGUGCCUGAGACCAAGACCAAACAGUAGGAGUUAAAACCCUGCACAGUGUGCCUGAGACCAAGACCAAACAGUAGGAGGAAAGUGGGUGUCUUAUCUGCCUUAGAAAUAUGCUCUACGACAUGACACACCAAAACACAAUUAAACACACAUCGACAGUUGCCACACUACAGCAUUAGUCAGCACAAUUGAAUAACUGAACACUCUGAACACAGCCCAAGACAGGCAUGAAGAGUGAACACAUCAAUCGUACCAAAUCUUUGCAAUUUAAUCUUUUUAUGCUUCUAUUUAUGCCUUUUUAAUGCCACUUUUAUAUCUCUCUUUAUGCCUCUUUUCGUGCAUCUCUAUAUGCAUUUUUAUGUUUUUUGUGCCUUUUUUAUGCAUUUUUAUGCCUCUUUUGGUCCAUUUUUCAUGCGUUUUUGACAUUUUCAUCUUCUUAAGUUAUCUAAGACGUUAAAUAUAUUUAUUUAUAUCUAGUUGUUAUGUUUCGCACCACUUGAAUUAUGUAUUCUUCAGCGCACGGUUAUGUUUUCUUCAUUCCGUGCUCGGACUAAAAUAACAAUGUAUCGCACUGCUACUUCCCGCGCUGCAUCUCUUAAUAAAAUCUAUCUGUUAA